AUGACUACCGUAGUUUUGGGCGUUUUCGACCGUCGACCACACCCAGUAAGCGUGAUGGGAACGCAUAAGAAGGCUUUUUUUGAAAUUGACGUUUUGCCGCAACGCGGUUGAAGUUUUUUCAAGCGAUCUUCGAUUCGUCAACAGGGAUAGAGAUAGGCUAAGGAGAGCUCAGAAGAAUGUUUGGAUAACUUGCUGUUUUAAUAUCAUAUCUGAAUUUUUUUUUUUUGAGACAGUUAUUUUUGUCAAAAUCUCCAAGGUUCAUUUGAUAAUCAUUAUAUUUGGGGUUCUUUGCAGUUUCUAGACAUCUCCAUCAGAAGACUAUAUCUGGAUAUUCGUCCGUGCGUGAAAUCAGAACAUAAACUGUGUACAGGCCUGUGAAGCGGCCUUCUUAAACAGCAAUAAACGUGCGCCGAAACCGCAAGUGUCGACAGAAUCGGCUGGAACAAUGAGGAAAACUGUUUCGUGUGGGAUGUUUGUCGCAGAACACUUUGUUUGUUUUUAUUCCCAACCUUUUCGUGGUUGCGUUCCGAAACACAAGAAAUGUGAGCUUUUCCUUUUUUAUGAACUCAAAUUUGGUACAUAAUGAUUGGAACGAAUCUUCCCAAGCUUGAAGUGAGUUGGAGAAUUGUCAAAGUUUCAAUCCUAGACCGAUGAAAGCCUCUUGAAUUCAAAUAUUCAUGAAUAAAUAAUUUUUCGGUUUCAAGCUGUGAAUAAUCUUCUGUUAUUCCGUUGAUGUAAUUGACUAUAAAGGAUGAUUUUUCCUGCGUUUCCUUUUCAAGGUUUUGAAGGAAAAAACUGCGAAAAGUCGCUAAUUUUUUACUUUCAAUAAGCUCUCAUAAUUUUUCUGAGGUUUUUCUUGUUCUCCGUCUUGAGGUGAACAUUUACGAUUUUUUUUCAGAACGAAACAGUUUUACAGAAAUUAAGUCAAAAACGUUUACACGUGAGCGUAAAUCUACGCGGAGAAAGGUCUCCUUAAACUGCGCGACAGUUGCGCUAAGCCUCGCAUACUAUAGCCACCCUUUCCAGCCUUUUUGAAACGUCGUCAGAAAUCCUUUAUUCCUUAAGCGAACUGGAUUCUAGGUCAAAGUGACUUAAAAGCGGAAAGUACGGAUGGAGGUUGCUUGUUAGUAGAUUUAUAAAUAUAAAAAAACUCGAAAAACUAUAAGGUAAAAAAAGUAGCUAUAUUCCACGAAUAACGACAAUUUUUUUAUAAUAUAAGACUCAUUUGAGAUCCAUAUUAUAAUAUGGAUUUUUUUAUAAGUAUAUACUUAUUUUUUUGAAUACUGUAUGGCGAAGCUCUGUGUAGGAAAAAACACACACGCUAAAUUGCAUGAUAUGAAAACCGGCCAUUUCAAUUUUUUUUUGUUUUUAAAAAGUAUUGUAAAAAAACAUUGUGGAGGUUUUUUUUCAAUUUCCAAAGAUUCAUAUAUUUAUUUUGUAAAUUCUCCACGGCAAGUUCUACUGUUGAAAGAUGGUCUGAAAGAAAAAACGAAUUUUUUGCUGUAUUUGUAGUAGUAUAGCUUUUUCAACACUUUCCAUUUCGUUUCAACAAUUGUUUUCGUUUUCUCGGUUUCACAAAGUUUUUUUUUCAGCCGAUAUGCUGUCUCUGCUGGGUAAGUCAGCGGGAAGUUUAUCGAGCGGGAGCGGCCGUAACUCUCUUCUCCUUGUUUGUAGCCAACCCUACAGCAGUCAAGUCACUCCAGCAACUGAGGACAAAUCUAACGUUCCUCAGCCACGUGUUAGUUCUCAAAACGCACAGUUUCGCAAAGGAACCGGCGGAAGGUUUGAGUUAUUUAAUUUCGCAGGCGUAGCGGGAUCCCGCGCGAGUACGUGAUUGACUCUUUAUAAAUAUUUUAUUGAUUCAGAGCUUCAUUCUCCGGAAAUGUCGUGACUGUUUUUGGAGCAACUGGAUUCUUGGGACUACCUGUUAUAAAUAGACUGGCGAAGAAUGGGUCUCAGAUCAUCAUUCCUUACAGGUUUUUGAUAAUUUUUAGAGGAAAUAGCUAAGAACCUUGAUGAUAAUUGUUUCCUACUUGAAAUUUUUAUGUCACAACACUAUAAUGUUUGCAGACAAGAUCCGUAUUACUUACGAGAGCACAAGGUUGUCGGCGAACUCGGGCAAAUCCUCUUUUUCCCUUUUGAACUCAAAGACGAAGAGAGCAUCCGCAAGGUUCAUAUAAAUGGAUGUAGAUAAAAAAAAGUCUAUUUCAGGUGGUGAAAUACUCAAACGUUGUCGUCAAUCUUGUUGGAACUCGCUCUCCUACCAAGUAGAUUUUUCCUUUUGUCAAAAACUCUGUUAGCUUUAGUCGGGACACCUGCCUGAAAGUGAAGAAAGUCCAUGAUAUAUUAAUUUAGAAGAAAUAAAUCGGAAGGUUUUAAACAUUUUUCAUAUGCUUUCAGAGAAGGGUGCUUGAUAAUUUCAAUUUUUUUAGUUAAGUUUGUGAGACUAACUUUGUUUUUUUCAUCGAUGCCUUUCAGAGAUAUACCCUUCGUACCUACCCUAGCGCAUUUUUAUACCCCUUCCCAAGUUUUUGAUGAGCACAGAAUCUAGUCAUGUAACUACUGCUGCGCCAAUUUCGAAAAUCGUAUCUAUUUCAGGUUUUAAUGUUGAUUUUUCCGAUUAGUUGAAUUUAUAAUUUGUGAAUCCACAAAAAAUUAUCAUAAACAGUCCUUCAUUUUAUAAUUUUCAGUUUUUCGUUAAUUCAACGUUUUCUCAGCAAUUACGGUUUUGAUGCGGUGAACAAUGAAGGGGCACGAAGACUGGCGCGAAUUUCACGGGAGAUGGGCGUUGAGAAGUUCAUUCACUUGUCGGCACUCGGAGCUACUCCUGAGCCGCCCAAAGGCGUUUUCGUCGGCAGGAGCGAGUUUCUGAGGACAAAAGUUGCCCUUUCCCUUGAAGAAAAGGUUGAUUUAUCUGCGUUUAUAGGGUCUGGGAGAGCUUGCCGUCAGGGAGGAGUUUCCGUCGGCAACAAUCGUCCGGCCAUCGAUCAUGUACGGCGAACUUGACGCCUUCAUUCAGUACUACGUUUCGCGUUGGAGGAAAACGCCUCUCGACCUCGUCUACCUCUACAAGAAAGGAGAACAAACCUACAAGAUGCCCAUUUGGGUUAGUUUCAUGUGUAGGAUUGGUGGGAAGUCGGAUUUUUAAAGUAUUUAUGCCGAAAAUUAAAAUAAUGAAGCAAUAGUAAGGAGGAAUUGAAUUGAUAAUGGAAUUUUUUUAAAGAAGAAGCGAAAAAAUUGUUGUUUUUGAGAUAUGAUGCUUUGAACUUCCGUUUUUUCACCAAGAAGUUUAAUUUUCCUUUAAGGUGUUUAAUCGCCAUUUUGCAAUUUGCACGACAAAGAAAGAAAUGAAACAUCGAAAUAAUCAAAUUAUUCUAACAGCUGAUCAGUGGAAACGGCUGGAGGAGAAGAUUGUCUGAAUAGACGGUGCUAACCCCCAUUUAUUAUUCAAGUUCUUUGUUUUUUAAGUACUUUCUUUUGAGUAAGAAUGAUAUAAUCUAGAUUUUAGUAGGAUCUAGGGAUUUUAAAAAAAUACUAUAUUUUUUCUUGCUUGAUACUGCAAUACUAUUACUUUUGUGCCGAUAGCUACUAGGUAUGCUUGAUUUUUGGCGGAUUCAUAGCAAAUUCCAAAGUUAUAACUUGAUUGAUCUCUAUUGGCGUAAUUAUUAUAAUAGUUUUUCUUAUUUAAUUUUCUAGAUACAAAAAAAUAGUUUUCUCCGGAAAAAUCGUUUGUGAUAGAGAUACUGUCGGCAUAAAAAUUAUAUUUUUUCGGUUAGUUUGUCUUGAUGGUUAAACUAAUGGCUGUACAGGUCGGCGACGUUGCCCAGGGCAUCGACAGGAUCGUGCGCGACCCUACGGCCGUUGGCCAAACCUACGAGUUUGUCGGCCCCCACUGCUACCAACUCAGCGAACUCAUGGACUUCAUGUACCGCAAGGCGCAUUGUAUCCCCGACCAACAAUUCCAGUGAUCUCUUAUAUUUUUUCUUCUUUUUUUCUAUUUUCUUAGCGCACUGUGGUAAACUAUGAUAAUUUAUGGGCUAAGAUUGAGCUAAAGAGUGAAUUUAACGGCUGGCGAAAAACAGUGGACAAAAUCUUGAAAUUCAAUUUCUGUUCGCUAGUCAAGUGAAAAAAUGAAAUGAAAAAAUGAAAUUUCGGAUCAAAAAGUCUUGGAUAAACUUUUAAAAAUUAUUAUAGAGUUAAAAAAGUUGUUUUAUUAACUGAUAAGAAUGAUAAUCGUAUUACAUAUAUAGGCAUCUAGAAAUUCUAUGAGUUCAAUAGCUAUCUCUAGCAAAACGUGAACCUUUCUUUUCAAUCGUUCGGCUCUCUAAAAUUUUUAUGAUUUCAAAUCAAGACAAACUACGGAUAUUUAUGUAGAUAAACAAAGUGCAUUACAUACUAUUUAUUUUUGAUAAAAUAUUGAGAUUCUGAAAUUCCUCGAUUUUUAAGUUACUUACGAAUUUUCCAAAGUUUUAAGAAGAAUUUGGAGCUGUAUUAACUCUUGAGAAAAACGGAGCUUUUGAUUGGUUCCUUGUAGCUUCGAUAAACGUCAUGUUAUUAGAAGAAAAUUUGAAAAAAAUUGAAUUCUUUUUUGGUAUAAAGGUUUUUUAAAAUUGAAAUGAUAUGAAACACCUUUUUUUGGUUUAAUUUUUCGAAGUUUUCAAACGGUUUGCCUUUCAGUUAUCGGCGCCACGGACUUCCGGAUCCCUACUUCAUCGCUUUGACUCUCGCGACUGAACUUUUUGGAAAAUUGUUCAAAACUAAAGUUCCUCUGACCCGAGAGUGGAUGGAAUUUGUUGUAUGUUCUAUUGAAUACCCUAUAGAGGACACUUAUUGGCCAUUUGAACGGUUGCAUUUUAUUUUUUUUUUUCAUUGCUGUUGUAGGAAGUGAAAAGCGACGUUCUGACCGGAGCCAGAACCUUGGCCGAUUUGGGUGUGCGACGUCUCGUCGAGUUCGAAUUCGAAGGCGGCCAACUUGCCUUCCGCCGCUCUUUCCGUCGAUAUUUCGAGGAACAGUACGGGGAACUCCCCGCGCCACCGCUCCCUCUUCGGUUCGUUUCCCUCUCUUUGGACUCAACCAUAACGUUAUACAGUUCCUUCAAGAUGGAUUUUCCGCAGUGAAAAAAAAUAUAUCUCUCAAAAAAGUGAAUAAUAGUCCUUCAGCCUGUCAAGGCACGUAAAAAUCGAAAAAUCAAAGGUUUUGAUAACUGCAAUUAAUUUCCAAUCGUUCUUUCUCUUUUUCGUAGUUAUCUUGUUUAUUUAAACACCCAUUGCAAUAAAUUUUUGUGGCGAACUUCAACAUCUCGAAAAAAAUGAAAUAAUUUAAUUUCAUAUAGUGCCCAGUUGGUGGAGAGAGCAGGAAUGCCAUGUCCCUUUGCGUCUCAAGUGUAUCGGUUAUAUGUAAAAAGAUAGCACUAGAAAAUAUGUAGUAAUUGAAAAAAAAAAUAGUUUUGAAGGUUAAAAAACAAAAACGGGAAAGUGCGCUGGCUGGAACAUUAAAUCUGAGCUGAUAAUUUUACAGAUCGCCUCCAAUCACCGCAAAGAGUCCACAGAAGCCGCUCAAAUCGACGUCCAGCAAGACGGUCGCAUUCAAUUAG